GCGACGCCUUCGCCAGCACCAUCAAUCAGAAAUACACAGCAACGGGAAAGUACAUCCCGAAGAAGUACAGAAGGUGGAAACCCACCGUGGUGCUGCUGCAGGACCAUCCCAAGCUUGGCAAGAAGGGCGACGUUGUGACGGUGAAGAAGGGCUACUACCGCAACAUCCUCUAUCCCGAGGGUGUGGCCAAGAGGCAGGAUGCCAGCAUCAUGAAGCAGCUCGAUCAGGAGGCCAGGCUGAAAAGCAAGGAGGCCGCAAAGCAGUUGGCGGAAGCUUUGAAGAAGAAAGAUGCCAUCGAGAAGCAUGGGCCGUUCAUCUUUGAGAAGAAGGUUCGCGAGGAUAAGGAAAACAUCUAUGGAUCACUCUCCCAGAUCAACGUUGCCGAGGAGAUAGUGAAGGCCACAGCUGUUCCUGUGCGCCAAGUCUCUGUGCAGAUCCCCAAGAUCACGAAAGUCGGCACUUACCGGGGCACCAUCGAAUUCCUCCCCGAAGUCAUUGCGGUUAUAGAGAUCAAGGUGGUCCCCGAAGGCUAUGAAGAGGAAGGGGAAGAGGGUGAGGAGGGUGAGGAGGAGGAGGCGUCCGACUAG